AUAUACGUGGUGCCGUGAAUCCUAAUGAGCCAGCAAUCUGCGCGCUGCGGCUACUUGGGCUCCGGGAGCCCCCGCCUCCACGCCGAUCCCGGGGACUGCACUCCCUGCCCCCGCCACCGGGGGAGCCCGCGAGGCGGACUAGCUUCUUGGUUCGCACAUGCGCAUCCAGACCCCAGACGAACGGCGUCGGCCUGUUUUUCUCCUCCUGUGAUUUGCCUUAUUUUGCCCCAAGCUGUGGAUUAUUUAGGUUCUUCUACGAUGCUGACGGGUAGCUGGCGGUCUGUGCACGUCCCCGCUGGACUGCGCUCCCGCGCACAUCCAGGCGCGUCACAAGCGCUGAUGCUCUCGGCGCGCCCUCCGUGUCCCGGGGCACCUGCGCGCGCUCUUCUCGGUUUUCGGGGGGCGGGGCGCUCUGGAGGUGAGGGUGCUGCGCCCAGGACACGCCCGUGUUGGAGGGUGGCGGCCGCAGCUCACACCCGGCUGCGCUCCCGCGCGCACCUCCCCGGGAGAAGCUCCCGUGCGCUCUCCUCCCUUUUCGGUCUGCGGUCUCUGCUCUUCCUGAUUGGUCGAGUUCUUUACCUCUCGGGAGUGAGAGUCCUUCCAGGUGGAGAGUUGGAUUUGGCCCAUAGACUGUAGUUUGCACACCCCGAGACUCGAUUAUGUAGAAGUUUCUUCGACGGCUAAUAUUUGAUGACGUAACGGCUUUAACAGCAAUGCUAGUUCCCUAGGAAGUUAGACUGAUUCUUC